AGCCCAAGAAGUAAACCAACCCUCGAUAUUUUUCAUACAAAUAAUCUUGCCCUAAUUCCACGAGGUUGAAUAACGACGACGAUAAAAGAGUGCAAGAUUCCCAAUUGAUGGUUCCGUCCGUCGUUUCGAAUCGUCUUUGCAGAUUAAUCGAGAGCUGAGUUCAGUCCAAUUCGUUUCGGCUGCGAGUCACUUGCAAGCUCUCGCCAUAGCUGCAACUGUCGGGGAGUAUUCGGAGCUUCUUCUCUCCUUCAGUUUCUCCCCAAGCCAUCGCUUACAAGCACCACUUGCAGAUGUACUCCAACUAACCCUAAUUCCUUCUCCACUGUCUCUCUCUCACCAUCUCAACAGACCCACCUUGGUUCCCACCAAAAACCCUAGAAAAUGUCUGGCGGGUUUUUCCGGGGUACGUCUGCGGACCAAGACACUCGUUUUUCGAACAAGCAAGCAAAGCUGUUGAAGACACAAAAGUUCCCUGCUGAACUAGACCAGUUGGUGGAUAUGACAAAGGUGAAGAUGGAUGUUAUCAGGCCGUGGAUUGCUACGAGGGUGACUGAGCUUCUUGGGUUUGAAGAUGAAGUUCUUAUUAACUUUAUAUAUGGCCUUUUGGAUGGCAAGGAAGUAAAUGGGAAGGAAGUUCAAAUACAACUCACUGGGUUCAUGGAAAAGAAUACUGUGAAGUUUAUGAAAGAGCUUUGGAUACUACUUCUCAGUGCCCAGAAGAAUGCCAGUGGUGUACCUCAACAAUUUUUGGAUGCCAAAGAAGAAGAAAUUAGGAAGAAGAAGGCAGAGACAGAUUUUCUUGCAAAUGAAAUUCAGAAAAAGAGAGAGAAGGAAAAUCGAGAAAUUGAGGAGCAGAGAUCGAAGAAUAUGGACGAUGGGGCUGAAAAGGUGUCCAAUUCUGUUUUGGAGCCUAUGUCAAAGAAUGUGCGCUCAAGGGCUAUGAGAAAUCAUCCAGAGGACGAGGAAGUGGCUGAAAAAAGAAAUGGUGUUAGGGGGAGAAGCAGUGAUAGACACGAGUCAAGGAGUCUGUCUCGAUCACCUCAACGAAGACGACGUUCUUUUUCACGAGGAAGAUUGUCUAACAGUCCACGGCGAAGGGACCAUCGUGAUUCAUUCUCUCCUCGACAUAGAUCAUCACAUUCGAGGAGAAGGUCCAGAGAUACUUCACAUCGUAAAUCUCUUUCUCCAGCAAUGCGCCAAUUGCGUUCUCCUUCUCAACAUAGUUCACCAUCUCCUCAUCGCAAAUCACCAUAUCGGUCAUCUUCGCCAGUGCAACGUCUAUCAUCAUCACCUGUGCAUCGAAGGUCACCAUCACUUGAUAAGCAUAAUAGAUCACCAUCACCCACAGGGCAUCGCAGGUCACUAUCACCAAUUAGACGUCGUCAUUCACCUUCACCUGUUCGACGUCGUAGAUUGCCAUCACCUAAAUGGUAUCGUAGAUCACCAUCACCAGAGUGGCGUCGUAGGUCACCAUCACCAGGACGACGUCGUAGGUCACCGUCACCAGGACGGCGUCGUAGCUCACCGUCACUAGGACGGCGUCGUAGGUCACCAUCACCAGGACGGCGCCAUAGGUCUCCAUCACCUAUACGACGCCGAAGGUCUCCAUCUCCGAUACGACGUCGAAGGUCACCAUCUCCACCACGACGUCAUAGGUCACCAUCUCCAUAUCGUCGAAAAUCACCUUCCUAUGUGCGUCGCCGUAGAUCGCCAUCUCCAUCACAUCGUCGUAGAUUGCCAUCUCUGGAGCGUUACCGUAGGUCGCCCUCACCUAUUAAAAGCCACAAGUCCCGUUCUCCUGUUCGACGACCUAUGUCACCUUCACCAUCACCAGUACGGAAAUUGGAUAGGUCAUCACCACUUCAUCAUCGCAGAACACCCUCACCUCAGGAACGUAGAUCUCCAUCAACCUCUUUAAGCAAAUCUCCUCCAUUGCCACAAAGGUCAUCUCCAGGACAUCGCAAGAGAUCAAGUCCUUCUCAACACAGUCAUAGAUCCACGUAUGAUCGGAGUUAUUCAUCAGAGGAGCAGGGAAACCUAUCGCCUGUCAAAGUAAAAUCUGCACAUCAGAGGAGGUCUCUGUCUCAAUCUCCCAUGGACAGAAGCAGAAAUGUUCAGACAUCUUCAGCAUCCCGACUACCUUCCAGAUCUUUAAGAUCGCCACAAAGGGAUGUUAGGGAAUUGAAUAAUUCCAAUAACAGAUCACGAGCUUCAUCAUCGUCUUUGGAGAGGUCUCCAGCGCCGGCAAAUUCUCCACCAGUUACAAGGAGUGCUAGUGAUGAUAGGAGGUUAAGUUCUCCACGAUCACGGGCAAAGCAGCAUCGUCGUGACAAUCAUUCAACAAGGGCAGAGGAAGAAGAGGCCACCUACACUAGGGAGAGUGAGAAUCUUGAAUCUGGGUCUUCAUUGAGAAAAUCACUGAAUUCUUCAAUUGUCGGUAAGAUGAAAGAUUCUCUUGCGGAUGUCAAAGUCCCUUCACCUGGAAGUAAUAAGCAUUCUCGACGGGAGGUGCCUGGUAGUCCCGAUCAGCAAAAAUCUUCAUCAUCACACAAAGAACCUUCACUUGUUGAGGAGCAGCAGCUGUCAUAUUCAAGAGAAGGUGUAAAACAUGAUGAAAAAAGCUACUCACGUCGAAGUAAGGCCAAGGAAACUGAGCCUUCGUCAGUCGAAAAUAAUCAUAACCGGAGCGAGGGCUCAGAUUCUGACUUGGAGGAAAGCUAUAAGCGUAAAACUGGAAGUAAGGAGAAGAAAAGACACAGAAAAUCAGACAGGCGUGACACUUCUUCCGACUCUGAAGACAGCUAUGAUACUGAAUUGGAAAGGAAGGAGGCCAGGAGGAGAAAGAAGGAGGAGAGGAGGUUGCGGAAGGAGAAGAAGCGCCAAAAACGUGAAGAGCGACGGCGCAAAAAGGAAGAGCGGCGUGCAGAGAAGACGAAAGCUAAGAACCUCAGUGAUGAUUACUCGGAUGACGAUCGAGUUGCAAAGGAAGGGUCUUAUCACAGCGAUGGUGCAGACGAGGCUGAGCACAGAAGGCUAGAGAUCGAGUUAAGGAAGAAGGCACUGGAAUCAUUCAAUGCAAGGAAAGGGACAAGGUCCUGAAUUUAUUUAUUUCCGGUACAUUAUCUUGUCAAUCCUCGGGAAGUAUCUUAAAUUUCAGAAUAGUUUGUAUCAAACACAUCUCCACACAAGGGUUACUUUGUUCAUCUGUAGCUUCCCUUAACGCCAUGAGGCUGAAUCGAUAAAUGGUGAUUUUCAUGGAUGUUCAUUUGAAUGCAAACUCAAAACAGAUCUUGCUACUUGAAUUAAUGAGUAAAGUUUCCAUCUGAUGGAAGCAUGAUGGGCUUCUUGGCUUUCUUGAGCU